AGCCGUUUUGACGCACUAAGGGAUAAAUUUAAUCAGUGCGUUCUCCUUAAAACGCGAAGGCUAUCAAUAUUCGGAAGCGGAUGUCUGCCGAAACACUUCUCACCUAAUGUUACCUACUCUGGUCAUGGUAAUUUUUUCGAAUUAGGGAGCUCGAGAACUUGCCAGUUUGAGUUGGCAGUUCGUGCAGUGAAGAAGUUCGCGAUGUCUCCGGUUCUUAACGGCCAGAGGAGUAUAUUCUCCCAAGAAGUGUAUCGAAGCUCGCUGGAACCAAAGUAUCAAAUCAUUGCUCGGGAUGAACUCCACGAGGACGAGUUCAGCCGGGAUGCUGCGCUGGCUCAGAUGCGAGAAUUUAUCGCAAAACACCCACAAAUCAAGAACUGUAGAAUGGAUUCAGUGUUUUUGCUGAGAUUUCUACGAAAUCGAAAGUUCAACGUGCAAGCAGCCUGCGAUGCAGUUGUGAGAUACCUGACGAUUAUCGCACAUUCACCCGAGUAUUUCGACAUCGACCCCCACCACUCGGAACAGCUCAUCAAGGAACGCCUGGUGGUUCCUCUCGGCGAAGAUGCCGAAGGUCGGCUGGUGUUGCUGAUCCGGUAUGGUCAGUUCAACGCCCAGCAGCACACUCCGGAGCAACAAAUCAGUUUGAUUUCGCUGGCGAUCGAAACAUACUUCGACCACGAGCAGUUCCACGUGACCGGGCUAGUUUAUGUGAUCGACUAUUUUGGGCUUUCUAUGGCACAUAUCGGGGCCAUAACGUUGCCCAAGUUUCGCGUUAUCAAAGCCACCAACGGGGAAAUGAAAAUGAUCCGCGUGAAGAAAGUGCACGUGCUGAGGGUUCCCUCGGUGGGGGCCAAGCUGGUGGAACUUUGGAUCUCGAUUAUGCCAAGGAAGCUGCAGCAGAGAUUCAAGGUAGGAGCCGGAUGAGGGUUUGAUCCUCCUUGAAAACCAGUGAGGAUCGAUUCGUUACCCAAAUCUAAUUCAAUUCAGGUUUAUUUGUGAAUAAUCAAGUUACAAUGAGUUCA